UCGCAUCUAGCGACUUGGGACCUAGGACCUAGGACCCCAAACGGGGGCAGACUCGCAGAUGUUAUAUCUCUAUGUACUCUCUCCACGCCUGAAAGGCAGCCAGUACAUCGGACGGCUGGCGGUGUGGGAACAUUGUUUACGUCACGUGAUCAACACUGGUGUAUUCGGGAAAUUGCAUUGAAAUCGGCAAUAAGUUAAAGAAAAGACUUUCAUCAUGGCUGGGAUGUCAGAGUUAGGCGGCUACAUCUUCCAGAUGUCACGAUCGAUCACUACAAAAACGGGCUGAUUAAUUUCCAAGCGAACGAGAGCGACAUAUUCGUAGCGUCGUUUCCAAAGUCGGGAACAACAUGGACACAGGAGAUAGUUUAUCUAAUCAUGAACAACUGCAAUACGGAGAAGGCGAACGAGAAAAUUCUCGAGGAGAGGUUUCCCUGCGUGGAUUUCACGUUCGAGGGAAGGACGCCAGUCAACCCUGACACACUGCCGUCACCGAGGUUCAUCAAGAUCCACCUUCCUUACAGUCUUCUGCCGCAAACAAUCAAAGAUAAAAAGUGCAAGAUUGUGUACGUAUCGCGCAAUCCGAAAGACAACUUGGUGUCCUACUACUUCUCUUUUCCAUACGGGCCGUACUGGAAACAUAACCUGAGUUACUGGGACGUCAGAGAGGAAGCAAAUAUUCUAUUCAUCAAAUACGAGGACAUGAAGAAGGAUCCCAAUGCAAGCAUCCGUAAGAUAGCCGAAUAUCUGGGUAAGGAACUCACAGAGGACCAAGUCGACCUGAUCGCUGAAGCCACUAGCUUCAAAAAGAUGAAAACAAACCCGAAUACAAACUAUGAUUGGCUGCCAGAGAACGAUGUACCAGAAACACACAAAUUCAUGCGCAAAG